AUGAUUGUUUACUUUUCAACUGCUAACAUGAAUUAUAUGUUUGGUGAGAAAAGAGGAGCCGAUACAGAUAGUCAAGUUUAUAUAACAUUAUUUGGAAAUAAUGGAAAACGAACAAAUAAAAUUCAUUUAAAAAAUUCUAACAAUAAAGAUCUAUUUAAACGACGUCAAGCAGAUAAAUUUUGUAUUAAAGGUGAUUAUAUUGGAGAAUCAACAAAACCUCUUAUUAAAAAUGAUAAUAUUGAUCUUUCAGAUUCAGAAACAACAUAUUUUGCAAUAGGUAAUGAAGGGUUAGCAAAAGAUGAAUGUGAUCGACAGAUAUUUCGAGAUCUUAUAUUAAAUAAACAAUCAUAUGAAAUACAAAAAAAUAAUCAAUAUAAAAUUAUAGGUUAUAUUGAAAAUGAAAGAGAUGCUGGAACCGAUGCUAAUGUAUUCAUUACUCUUUAUAGUAAUUUAGGUCUUGCACGUGAUUGGUUUCUGAAUCGAAUAUUAAUUGAAGAUGUUAAUGCACAUCAUACAUAUGAAUUUCCAUGUAACAGAUGGUUAGCACAAGAUGAAGAUGAUAAACAAAUAGCUCGUUUUCUUUUUCCAAAACAUCCAUUAACAGCAUUGGAUAUUGCACAUGAUAAUAGUGGAUUUGUAUCUGAAUGUACAAAUGCUCAAGUAAUUCUUGUUCUUUAUGGUGAUAAUAGAAAAUCAAGAAAUAUUAAAGUAGAAAGGAAUUCAGAUACAUUACAACAAGGUCAUUGUGAUAAAUUUAAAGCUGAUAUAAAUGAUGUUGGUAUACCAUUUAAAUUACGUGUUAGUCUUAAAAAUAAAAAUUUAUCUAUAUCAUGGCAUCUUGAUCGAGUAUGA